AUGGCUCUUUUCCAUUCCAACAAAGAUUUAGAACGUUUUGAAAAUUCAGUUAAUCGUGUAUUUGAGAAUUUUGCCAAAGAUUUAAACGAAGUUAGCCAGCGUAGUGCAAGUCGUGGAAUUCGUUCUUGGGCACCGUUGUUGGAUUUACACGAAGAUGCAAAAGAAUAUACUUUGAGCACUGAAUUACCCGGAAUUAAAAAAGAAGAUAUUAAUAUUGAUAUUCGGGAUAAUACACUUUAUAUUUCUGGUGAAACUAAAGAAGAAAAAAAAUCUGAAGAAGGAGGAACAACUCAUAUUCAAGAACGUCGUUGGGGUUCUUUCUCUCGUACACUUGCGCUUCCACGUAAUGUGAAAGCUGAUGAUAUCGUUGCUAAAUACGAGAAUGGUGUUCUUGAGGUUAAAAUUCCUAAAGCUGAACACACUGGCAAAAAAAUCACCAUCAAAUAA